UUGUGUUGAUGUACCCCUCAGACUUAUCCAAAGUACCCUUAAGGAUAUUCAUACCACUGGUUGAGAAACACUGUUCUAACUCAGUGUUUCUUAAACUUUUUGAGACCAUGGAACACCAAACAAUAAUAUUUUUUUAUGCGGAACACCUAUGAAAAUUUUAUUUAAAAAAAUUGUCAGACAGAAAAAGACAAAAACAAAAAAGAGGUCAUGGCACACCUGCAUGUUGUUCACGGAAUACCAGUGUUCUGCAGAACAUAGUUUAAGAAACACUGCUCUAACUCACUCCCCCACCUAGCCAGCAGAGUCUUUUAUGUGUGAACUGAGAUCUGUUGGUCCAGCAGCUCCUAAUUGUGGCCAGAAGCACUGUGGCCCAUUUCUGCAGGGGAAAGGAAAUUCUGCAUACACAACUUUAAUUUCUGCAGAAUUCUGCAUUGCACACUGGCACAGAAUUGCCGUAGAAGUAAGUGUAGAACUUCUGUGAGAACUUUUUUCACUCUUCUGCUUGGCAACUUACUGUUUAGUUCCAAGAACUAGAGUACCUAUUCUUACGGUGAAGGUAGUGGAGACCUUUUAAGAAUACCACUUGCAUGUGGUGCAUAUUGAUGGUUUCCUUAGACAAUGCUCUUCAGAUAUAAUUUUAAUAGCUAAUACAUUUUUGUCAGAGAGGAUUUCUCAGUAGUCAGAUGGGAUCUGAAAUUCAGAGGCAGGCAAGGAAAUCUUCACGAUCAUCUUUUCAGUUUAAUGGCGGGAUUUUAACAGAGGAUCCCUCCCAGCCUUAAAACCCUUUCCAGUACAUCAUUCCAUAAUCAGAAGCAAGGAGUUAUUCAGAUCAUGUCAUAACUUGAAAUUUAACAUUGAAAAGAGGGGAAAUACAUUUUUGGUAGAGGUGGGUAAAGUACAAAAUAAAAUGCCCUCUGGUUAACCUACAUUUAGCCAUUUUGAAGGGCAUUUUUGGAACUUAUCUUCAUACUCUGUUCUAGCUUGGUAAAUUUCCAUUAUUUCAGAAAAUUAAUCUUGUUUAGAAAACAUUGUAUAUUGUAAAUAGCACAACAAACAACAUGAAACAGGAUUGAUCUAUUAAACAUAAUCAGGAAGCAGCUUGUCAUGACGAACUGAACCUAGGUUUCGAGUUUCACUUUUGCUUUUUAAAAGCCAUUUAAAUGUUAGUGAAGCAAACACUCUUGGUAAUAGAUAAGCAGGUAAGCAAAGCAUAAAUUUACUUUGUUAAAGUAAUUGGCUUUUUAAUUGGGUGUUGUUUAAAACAUAAAAGUAAAGUUUCCUUUAGUCACCAGUAGUAAAUAAUUCCUUAAAAGAGAAGUAGAAAUUGAUGUUCAUUAUGCUGAAGAAAAUGGGAGAGGACACACUGAAAUGCUGGUGCAGUAUUUGAACGAAUAUGAAAUAUUUACUCAAAGUGUCUUUACUAUUUUGUGGGAAGUGGAAAUAUCCAUGAUAUUGUUCUUCUGCCAAAUAACUAGGUAUAGUAGUAUGUCUGACUUGAUCUAAUUACGGGAAGGAUCUGUUCUCGUAUUUUGAAGGUUUACUAUACUGGCAAUUAGCACAAGGCUGAGAUAUUAAAUGUCAAAAUGUCCUGUGCAUGCACCUUUCAUCCAUAUGGAGGAAAAAGUUUUAUUAUACUGUUUUACAACACAUUUUUAAGCACAAUGAAAUUAUAGUUUUAAUAUAUCUAUGAUGUUGAGUCUGAAUGUAAUGAUAUAAUCUUUCUUUACCACAGUGAUAUCAGAUGAAAGAAUGAGGAAGGAAGAGAUUCUUAAAUAUUCUUAAAAGCAAGAAAGACUCUUUACAAUCAGACAUGAAUCGGGGUUACAAGAUUGCCACACGUUUAGGAAGUAAAAAAGACAUGUGUAUGUUUCUAGCCCUUCAUAUGGAGAAUUCUCCAAUGUGUGCUAGCCCAUCUGAAAAGUUCAAUAAAACUGGGAUUGUUGUGUGUGAGUCAGACAAAAUACACAAAGUGGUGGCAAUGAGCUGCUCCAGAGAAAACUUACAUGCUGUGCAACAUGUCAUACUGAACGUUCCCCAUUCUUUGAGUAACUGCAUUGUGUAUUUGUCCAGGAAACCCUGUUCCACCUGUACUACAUUUCUCAUUCAAGGAUCAGUUUCUGCAAUCUAUUACUGGCCAAUCUCUCCAGAGCUAAAAGGGGAAGAUUUAGCAGUCGAGGAAGAUCUCAAGCAAGUUGACCAAAUGUUUCUAAGAAGCCAAAUUAGUAGCAGUGUUUUUCUACCAAUCACAGACUUUGAUACUGUAUCUACAAUUUCCCAUAGAACCAAAAGGCACAAGUGCACAAAAUGUAGUUCCCACUAUGCCGAGGCUGUGCCUAAAGACAUGUUAAAAAUUUGUUCACUGCUUAAUAUGCAAGGCCAUACAAGCAUAUGUGUAGAGCAAAUGAAGAAUGCAUUAUGUUGCCUGGAUUGUUUACUUCAUUGUCCCCAUGGAGAAUUUGAAAAAAAAGAAAAUGAUGACGUGGAAAAAAUGCACACACAUGCAUUGCAGCUUUGUUAUCUUUUAGCAGCAAGAUCCGAUGAUCCAGAUCGAGGUGUGGGUUGCACAUUAUAUAAUCAGAAUGGAUAUUUUUUUGGGGCAGGUUAUAAUGGAUAUCCUCUUGGUGCAAUAUAUGCAAACCUGCCUUGUGGAGGUAGGCACAACAAAAAAAAGCUAGGAACAGAAAAAGGGCCUGUCCUUAUCCAUGCUGAAGCAAAUGCUCUACUAUUCAGAUUUAGAAAAAAACCAGAAGAGAAUGAUAUUCUUUAUAGCAGCAAACCUCCCUGCCCUGAAUGUCAGAACUAUAUACAAUAUGUGGGCAUAAAGAAAAUUAUUUCUGUACAAGAAGCAUCAAAGUCAUCAUCAAGCCAACAAGACUCCAGAGACUCUUUAAAGAACAACUUUGAAUAUAACCAGUGGAAACCACAAGAGGCGGAAUAUACUGCUUCUAUUCUCAGUGAGGACUCAGAGAAUUUAGAAGAAAGCACUGGAGAAGAUGCGGAAAGAAAGAAUGAUAAAGGUCCUCCAGCUCGUCUACCAAAUAAAGAAGACUUGUGCAUCUUUUUAGCACUCCAUAUGGAAAAUUCACCAACUUGUCAAGAGCCAAGUUGUAAAUAUGUGGGUAAGAAAGAAGAAGCAAAUACCUUCAAAUUUUCCAAAACUGGAAUUGUCAUCUGUGAAGCUAACAAACCAAAAAGGAUUAUCACAAUGGAUUGCUCCACUAAGGAUCUUCAUGCUGUGCCAAAAGCACUGUUGAGAUUUCCAAAUGCACUGAGAGGCUGUGAAGUUUACUUGUCUCGAAUGCCUUGCAUCAGUUGUGCAAAACUUUUGAUUCAAGCUCAAGUUGCUCAAGUGUAUUACUGGCCUAACCUUGAAAUACAAAUAAGAGAAGUAAAUCUGACCAAAAUUGAAAAGGAAGCUGAACUUGUUGAUAACAUCUUUAGGGAAAGCUACAUCACUGCAGCAAUCUACAUACCGAUAUUAGAUGUUGAAACAGUGAAGAAGAGGAUUUUCCCACGAACAGGAUCACCUCCAAAUGAUAAGGGCACCACUCCAAUUACCUCUAUAUAUGAUCAUAUGCUAUCACCUAAACUUUUAGAAAUACUUAACUUGACACAUAUUAAAAAAGAUAAAUUACACCAGAAAUCACAUAAAGAUGAUGUUGCUAAAGCAAUGCAGUCUUUUCGGAUGCUGGCAGGUGGUACUGACACCAAAAUAAUGGAAAAUAAUUUUCAAGAUGAUAUACACAGCAUUCAAAGAGAGCUCAAGUACACUCAUGCAUUGCAGCUCUGUAACUUACUAGCAGCCAGAAACGACAGUCCUAAUAUUGGAGUGGGGACACUGAUCUAUGGAAAAGAAGACAUUGUUGCUGUUGGCUACAAUGGAUUUCCAAAAGGGACAGUAAAUAGUCUUUUUGCACAGAAGGAUGAUUGUAGUUGUGACCAGCAUGCAAUUAUCUGUGCUGAAGCCAAUGCAAUAAUUCUGAGAACUGAGAAUGAUCUGAGUGGCACUGAAUUAAUCACCACAUCUGAGCCCUGUGGCAUCUGUGAAAACCUAAUUAAAGCACUGAAGAUAAAGAAAAUCAUUUGGCCUAAUCGAGAUAAAAAACAACCAGAAGGUGCAACCAAGGAUCCAACAGAAGAUGAAACAGAUCCAAGCACUGAACCCUUUGUGCUAAGAAGAAGAGACAAAACAGGCAUGAACAUUUGUGAUGAAAAGAUUUUAGCUCUCCGAGCUGAUCGAGAGAAAUAUAAUAGAAAGGAUACUGAAACUUUAGUCUCAGGAGAGACGGAAGAAAAGACAAAGGAAAUAUUGUCAUCAGCAUAUGAGGAAUAUGCUCCUGAUCAGGCCAUUUUCAGUUCUUCAGAAGCAUCUGCAUCCCACAGAGAUGUAUCUGUUGCCAUAGUGAAAGAAGACAGUGAAAAAACAAAUCCUUUGUUGACUGAGACUGAAUCAGAGGUAGAUACUACGUCCUUGGAAAAGCCAGAAGAAUCACAUAAAGGAGAGGGGCCAUCUGUGAUUGCUGAAGAAGAUGAACCCGCAUAAACAUCAGAACAACCAGAAGUGUUUUGGGACAUGGCAACCCUCCUCCCCUAAAAAGAAUCAACCUCCCACAUAAUUAAGUAGCAGGUUAAUAAUCUUGAAAUGCCAGGCAAUAUAUGAUAUUAUAAACUUAAAAUAAUAAUGUGCACACAGCCCUAAUAGAACUUCCUGUCUGGUUGGGCACUUCCCAGGCUGUUGUGUUUGGGAUCUAUUGAAAUGGAUCCUGUGUGCUCUUUAAGCCUCCUGAACAGAGUCCAAACCUUACCCCUGUGACAGUAAAAGCCAACAGACACACAGACAGACUUUGCACAGCAUUCUGAAACACAAUUAUUCUUUAUUUAGCAACACAAGAGAUACAUAAACACUAUAAUAAGUAAACUUAUAUGCCUUUUCCCUACUUCAGUUUCUUUACCACUCUGGAGAGUUCUUUGUACUUGGGCUUCCUUUGAGAUGUCCAGGAUUCUUCUUCUUCAGCUCAUGGUUUCGUUUUAGAAUCUUUGAGUACUUCUAAGGGUAUGUCUACACUGCAACACUAUUUCAAAUGACUAGCGGUAUUCCAAAAUAACUUAGUCCGCAUCUACACAGCAGGCAGUUAUUUUGAAAUGGUGUCAAAACACUGUCAAUCGGGAGGAUGACUUACUCCAACUCCUGUAACCCUCAUUGUAUGAGUAAGGAAAGUCGCAGGAAGAGUGCUCUAUUUUGAAAUAAGUCCUGUGUAGACACUCCCUAUUUCAGAAUAAUCUAUUUCGAAAUAAGAUACGUAAUUGACAUAGCUCAAUUUGUGUAGCUUAUUUCGAGUUAAACCCUGUAAUGUAGAUGUACGCUGAGUUAGCUAGCUUUCUCUGAUUUUGGACCUCCUAUUAAGAAAGCAUGCAUUUCUCUUCUGCUCUCCUGCCCAGAGCUUCCCGUGUCUUGAUCUGUGCGUCUUCCUCAAAUUUUUGUGACCCCUACCAACUUCUGGUUUCUUUGUUCUCCAUCCGGAUAUUUUCAGAUUCCCCUCUCUGCAGAGAAACUUGGUUGAACUGGUUUCCCUGGUUGGGCAUUCUCCUUACCAUACCCUUUAUUUGGUUAGAGAAUGGUUAUUAAAGUUCAUAACUCCUCAUUGUCCCUAGUAUGGUAGAUUCCACAUCCUCAGAGAGGUAUUUCCUGAUACAAUUUCAUAAUUUCAUAACAUCAAAGAGAAUUUGUAAGUUGUACCUAUAGUCCCCAAAUUAAUCACAGUGACACAAAAUGCAGAAAUAUUUGGACAUAAGCAGGAAAAUUAUUUUUAUUGUUUAUAAUAAUGUCUAGAGGCCUCAGCUGAGACUGUAGAGCCCUGUUAUGCCACGUGCUGUAGUAACAUAUAAUUAAAGACAAUCCUUGUCCCAAAAGUCCAACGAAGUUUGUUAGAAACUUUCAUGAUGUCCCUUUGAGGCACAUAGAGCCAAAGAGACUUUCUCCAGAUUACACAGGAAACAUGUAAGGCUGUCAGAACCACAAGACCAUCCUUCAUGGUGUAAAUAACUGGAAACAUGUGUUGGCAAAUAGCUUCAAAGAAACCAAAGUAUCCUAGGUUGUAAAAGAAAGUCUGUUCAGGUAGCAUACAUAUAUGCCAUGCCCCUCAUGCUUUAUGACAGUUAGCUUAUGAGUAUGAAUAUGCAUAACUCAAAGACAUUGUAGCCAUGUAGCUAAGAUGUAGCUUUAUAUAAUAUAAUGUGCCUCAGUGUACCUUGCCAGCCACCCUUUCUAACACGCAGAAAGGAACAGACUAGUGUUGUUGGCACAGAUGCAUUAAGCAGGCUGUUUGUCUUUGUUUUUUAUGAUAAGGCAGGAAUAGAUUCUUAAGGUUUUUGUUUUAAGUUUUACAAUUAGUAUUGUGAAAUAAGUAAAGGGUAUGUUUUAUUUAAAUUGUAAUUUGAUGUUCCUGCUUCAAUAUUCAUAUUGUUUCCGUAAAACAAAUAAAUCAAUUUUGUGUGUGUGUGUGUGUGUGUGUGUGUGUGUGUGUAAAAGUAAAAUAUGUGUUAGAAGGUAAGUGUGAAGGCCAUCACCAGAGCAGAUGUUCUAGGGAGAAGCAAAGAACAGGUGUAAAAGUGCCAGGAGAUUGCUGUAUAUCCCUAUCAAGAUGAGGAUGAAGGGCAGAUUGACGACUCUAAAGGAUAAUUCAAGCACCUAUCAGUUGGGACAAAAUAAUGGAGAUAUGUGAAGAAUGACUUAAAAACACAAGCACUCGUCACACGGCAAUUGAUUACAGGAUGAUGGUGGAAAACGUACUAAUCCCAACAAAGGAAAACUGCUAUAAAAAGGGGCUGCUUUGCCGUAAUUUUUGGGUUCAUCUUGCCAAGAUUCUAGAGCAUCAGUCCCGACUGAUAGAGCCCUAUUCCUAUCCACGAUCAAUCUGGUAAAUAUUGUUAGGAUAGUAUAUGUCUAUGUAAGCAUAUGUUAGCUGCUUUACUAUUGCAAUCUUAAUAAAUGUGGCAUAUUGCCUUUUCCCUUAAAAAGA